AUGUUGUGUCCCAGUUGCUAUCUCGUCCAACGGCAUCUAGACCCAAAGUCCGCGCCACUGUUCGAUCUGAAUCAUCAGGUUCUGGGUUGGCUACCGUCUUUCAUCACCAUAUUGCCUCCGGCGAGCUCGAGAUCUUUCAUGUACCCGACAAUUGUCGCUCCGAGCGCAUUCGACGAGGCCAUCAGUGGCUGUACCCACGUUGCACACAUAGCGUCACCAUUAGUCGUUGGUGCCAAAGACGUCGAGAAGGAUGUUCUUGUUCCCGCCAUCCAGGGUACACUCUCAUUGUUAAAGUCGGCCGCCCGGUCAUCAUCUGUGGAAUCGGUAGUGAUCACCAGCUCCUUCGCUGCCGUGUUUGACCCGGCAUACGAUUUGCGACCCGGAUGCACCUACACGCCGUUGGAUUGGAACCCGAUCUCCUAUGAACAAGCUGCAGAUCGAAAUCUCGAUCUUACUGCAUGGCCUGCUAGGUACUGCCCUUUCAUCACCUAUAUGGCAUCGAAGAAGUUGGCAGAGAAGGCUGCUUGGGAUUUCUACGCCGACUACCUGGGCAACGGUACCUCGCAACCGACAUGGCGCUUCAGUGUGAUAUGUCCAACGUAUAUUGGCGGCCCUUGCGUGCUGCCAUUGUCAAAAGGCGCAGAAAGCCUCAGUUUCAGCAACCAGCUAAUAUGGAAUACCGCGGCUUCAAAACCCACUGGGUCACUCCCUAAGGUGGACUUCCCACACUGGGUGGACGUAUGA